GUCAUAGUAAAAGAAUUCAAAAGUCAAGACAUCUCCCACUAGUUUACCUUGAUCGACCUAAGUGCAUGUGCCUUGAUGAGUCACCUUGUCCUGCCGACUUCCCCCAAUUCUUUAAUCUCCACCCACUGUCAUUAAGGUUUUUCUAGACAAAAGAGAAAUCCCAAAAAUUUUACAAGUAGUAGUAGAAAUGUUGUCUCUUUGCUUCUGUGUAACUCAAACCCACAAUUCCUUCUUCUGAUUCUUCUUCAUUUUCACUCGAUUACAACCCAAAAAUCCCCUUGAAAAUUUAACACCCAUAAAAAUAAUCAGAUCAUGGGAAAAAGAAAUGGAGCUGGUUCAUUGUUGUCCCCUCAAAACCUCCAAUGGGUCUGUGUAAUUGCUUCAGCAGUUUUAAUAAUCGCAAAUGGAACUUCAAUUCAGAAAUCAUUUAUUGUUCCUCUGUUCAUUUUACAAGCACCUGAAGAGAUUUUUAAUUGGAUCAAGGGUGAAAAUGGUGUUUGGGCGGUUUUCUUGGCCCUUGCCUUUAAACUGUUUUACAUCUUUCCAAAAGAACUGGAGUUACCUCUUUAUGCGAUGUUGUUCGUAAUUGCUUCUCCUCAACAAGUAGUUAAAUUGAGAGGAACCCAGACUGGCUCUGUUAUUUCUUUGUUGAUUGCAGGGUUUUUGGCUUUUCAACAUUUCUCAGGGAUUGGGUUUGGAAAUUUACUGAAAGGGUUUCAGCCAGGUUCUCUUCUUGCUACUGUUGGUGUUAUUGGUAUCACUCUUGCUCCGUUAAUGCUUUUGAUUGGAUCGAAGUUAUGAAUGGAUGGAUGAAUCUAUGAUGAAACAGAUUUUAGGAAGAAAAUUGGGACUGUGUGUAAUCUUUUUGAUGUAAUGUUCUUUUUGAAUUUGUAAUACCGCCAACCAUGAUGCAUACAGUUUGGAACGAGGGGAAUACUAGUACAAAGUUCUAACUUCCAAAAUUUCUAAUGCAUAAUAAAAGUCAAGAUGAUAAAUGUUAUUGAAUCUUAGUCGUUAAUCAAAUUCAUUUGAUCCACGAGAUUCUCCUCGGCGAAAUUUCUUUAUGAGAAAAUAACAUUUAAUCUCACAUGUGCAAAACUCAUGAAAUUUCAGUGGAGGGUGUUUGUUUUCGUGUGGACUCGAUGUCUGAAUUUGACUGUACCGUUGCUGAAUCAGAUGUCACACUGUUUUUUUUUUCCUAAAGAAUUUAUUAACUCACGGAAUUGGUUAC